UCCUGGUUGCCGGCUGUACCUGCAGUGCACACCAUACCUUCUAGUCCGUUAUAAAUGCGCAAUGGAGGGAGCUUCCUUGAAUGAACAAAUGAAUGAAUUGGCCCCAGAAGAAUGAGGUGCAGAGUGAAAUAGGAAGGCUGGCUGUGUCCUGCCUGAAGGCGAGGACGGGCCGGCCACUCUGAGGCUCACCGGGGGCCCUUGCCCCACCCGUCUAGGAGCUGGAGAGUGGCAGCAGUUGGAGGGAAUUUCCCCUGGUCGAAUCGCUCAAGUCCCUCCCCUCGAUCCGCCCGGACAUCCCCAGAGAGGGGCAGGCGGGUCCCCAGACAGGUUGAGGCACGAAGACGCUCCGGAGCCCUGGGAGGGGGCUGCCGUUUGCUUCCUCCUCUUCGGCCGGCCGCUCUCCGCGCCCUGCCCGCCCGCCUGCGCCCGCGGAGGUGGCCGCGAUGCCCGAGGAUGGUUCCGGCUGCGCGGGGCGGCGCUGGCCCCACGCGUGCGUCCUGCGCGCGGCUCUGGCCCUGCUGUUCGCAGCGGUCGUGAUAAUCUGCAUCACCGUCUGUGUCUGGCACCCCACGCAGGUGCCGCCCGAGUCCCCAGGGUGGGACGUGGCUGAGCUGCAGCUGAAUCACACAGGACCUCGGCAGGACCCCAGGCUAUACUGGCAGGGGAACCCAGCACUUGGCCGCUCCUUCCUGCAUGGACCAGAGCUGGACAAGGGGCAGCUACGUAUCCAUCGUGAUGGCAUCUACAUGGUACACAUCCAGGUUACGCUGGCCAACUGCUUCUUCAGGCCCAGCCCCCCCGCCACCCUGAUGGUGGGAAUCUGCUCUCCAGCAGCCCGGAGCCUCAGCCUGCUGCGCCUCGGCUUCUACCAAGGUUGUUCCGUUGCCUCCCAGCGCCUGACGCCCCUGGCCCGAGGGGACACGCUCUGCACCAACCUCACAGGGACAUUUAUGCCUUCACGAAACACUGAUGAGACCUUCUUUGGAGUGCAGUGGGUGCACCCCUGACUGCCGCCUCUAGUUAGUGUUUUUUAAAUUUUAUUUUAUUUUAUUUAAGUUCAGAAAAAGAAAAAAAAAAACAUGUACACACGGGCCAGCCGGGGUUGGGAGUGUAUUGGGUUUUUUUCUUUGUUUCCAUUUUCCUCCUAAAAAUACAAAA